GUCAAAAGGUGAUCACUCUCUUAUCCGCCAUGUUUGGGCGGUCUCACUCCACGCCGAGGGAUGCCGCUCUCUCUUUCUCCGCAUAUCUUAAAUACUCUGCAACGCCGCCCCUUUCGUUUACUUACUGAUACUCCGUGCCCUCUCCAGUUUGAUCAACACUACUCUCGCCAGUUGUAGCCACACCCUGCAAUGGCCUGUCUCACCUUCCCCUCCCUCCUCCGCACAUCCGCGCGCUCACUGCGACGGAGUGCCAAUCUCCCCGCAUUCGCCCCGGGUGUUGCGCGCAACCUAUCCACCAAGCACCCAGCGGGCUUUGAACCACCAACCGAAGAUGAUUUGCUAGAGCUGCGUGAGCGAGUUCAAGAAUUUACACGGAGAGAGAUUUCGGCCGAGGUUGCUGCACGGACGGAUGAAUUGAACGAGUUUCCUGCCGACAUGUGGAAGAAGUUGGGGAAUGCUGGUUUCCUUGGAAUAACCGCCAACGAGGAGUAUGGUGGUUUGGGAAUGGGCUAUCAAGCCCAUUGCAUUGUGAUGGAAGAGCUCAGCCGUGCAUCUGGAAGUAUCGGUCUCUCCUACGCCGCUCACUCUCAACUCUGUGUCAAUCAACUCUCGUUGAAUGGCUCUGCCGAACAAAAAGAACGAUUCUUGCCCGGUCUACUUUCUGGUGACAAGAUUGGUGCUCUUGCUAUGUCUGAGCAUUCGGCUGGCUCCGACGUGGUGAGCAUGAAGACCACCGCGAAAGAGGUUGAUGGUGGCUGGGUGCUCAACGGAACCAAGAUGUGGAUCACCAACGGCCCCGAUGCAGACUUCAUCGUUGUCUAUGCCAAGACCGAACCCGCGAAGGGUUCUAAAGGUAUCACUGCCUUUGUCGUUGAGAAGACUUUCAAAGGCUUUUCAUGUGCUCGCAAGUUGGAUAAGCUUGGCAUGCGUGGUUCUAAUACCGGCGAGCUUAUUUUCGAGGACGUCUUCGUCCCACGGGAGAACCUCCUGGGCGAGGUCAACAAGGGUGUUAAAGUCCUAAUGGAAGGUCUGGAUUUGGAAAGACUCGUACUAAGUGCCGGACCCCUUGGCAUCAUGCAAGCAUGCCUUGAUCUCGUCCUUCCAUACACCCACAUCAGAAAGCAAUUCGGCACUCCCAUCGCCCACAACCAAUUGGUCCAAGGCAAGCUGGCCGAUAUGUACACCAAGCUCGCAGCCUCACGGGCAUACACCUACGCCACUGCACGUGAAGUCGAUAAUGGCGCAGUAUCUCCCAACCCACUGGUCAUCCGCACUCAGGACUGCGCUGGCGCGAUUCUGUAUGCCGCUGAGCGCGCUACUGAGUGCUCACUAGAUGCGAUCCAGCUGAUGGGUGGAAAUGGGUAUAUCAAUGAAAUUUCGGCUGGGCGAUUGCUCCGAGAUGCAAAGCUGUAUGAGAUUGGGGCUGGUACCAGUGAGAUUCGCCGGAUGGUUAUUGGGCGUGCUUUUAAUAAGGAGUAUGCUGCUUAAGUUUGGGGUAUAGCUAGGCUUGGUUUUGCAUACACAUAUAAAAGGGGUGACACCAACGACACGACAGAAAGGUUCGUGACACGACCAAGCUAGUCACAAUUCGGAACGCCCCCCUUAAAUACAAAAUGAUACAUUCAAGAUUUACAUAGCACAGGGCUGCCAAAUCCUUAUGUAUACAUAAUCCUGUAUAAAAACACUUCAUG